CAGAGGGCGUUGCGGGUUGCUAGGCGACAGAAGCCAGGCCGGUCCGUCAGCCAGAGGUUGGUCGUCUGCCAGCGAGUCGGCCAAGCCAAGAAAGAGGUUUUUAUUUAUCGUCCGCGUAGUUUUUUCGCUUUCGCCAGCCACGAACAAAGCGAGUGAUGGUUUGUCGGCCUCCAUCUGCACGGAGACGCUGCGAGACGGCAACAACAAAGGACGGAAGCGGGGCCGGAAGGACGAAUGCCGAAAUGGCCUAAAAAUGGAUCCUUAUCCGGGCAGAGGCAGCAGGCACCUCAGCACCCAUUUGUUCUUUCGCAUGGACCGCGCAAUGCACAGGAAGCAGGACUCGCACCCCGCAGCCUCGGGAUUCUCGUCGCUGCGGCCCGAACUGGGUCGUUCGGCCUCCGAGAGGCCCGUCAGGCCCCCCCGCAUCAGCCGGAGGUCGACCGACACCUGCAAGUACCAGCCGGGCCCCACCAGGAGACACCUGCCCACCAACUUCGACGACUUCUUCAACCUGCCUCCCCCCGUUUUGCCGCCGGAACUGGCCAACUACUGCCGGGAACAGUUCCAACCGUCGGACUACGCGCACCGGCCGGACGACGUCUACGCGCCUCGCUCGCCCGACGCGUCGCCGCCCCCCGGAGACUUCGGUGUGGCGCAGGGCCUGCGCGACCCCGGGCCCUACUCGCCUGAUGCCAUCGAUCCCGAGGAAGCGUCGCUUUUCCACGACGCGCCUGACGACGCCGCGCGAUGGAUGGUGGCCGUGGAACACCGAGGAUGCGAUGCGAGGACCAAGGAGAGCGUUUCCGGCCGGGCGACUCACAGGGAUUGCGUCAUCAUCGACCUGGCGGAGAACGCGGGUUCGUCGGACGCGUCGCCGGCCGCCGGGUUGACCGCCACCUGCCAGCUGACCCGGAAGGCCUUCGAGUUCUUCCGCGAGUCUAACCCCGACAGCGAAGGACUGCUCCUGAUGGACGUGGAGAGAACCAGUCAGUUCCCUUUCGUGACGUACGUGGUGCCGAAGACGGGAAGGGCCGAGCUGCACCGGUUGGUAUUCCACCUGGAGAGCACCGUGGGCUCGCAAGAACACGACCAGCUUCAUCACAUAGCCGGCUACGAAGAGGUGGCGGCGGUGGACGGGCCCGAGGACGAGGCCCUGCCGUCGGGGGCCUCCAACGUGGGCUUCAUCAUCUCGGCCUUUCGAGUCUUUCCCGGGGAGGACCGCGAGAAACUGGAGCGCCACUGGCUGGUGUGGACCGGGGCCAACCUCAUCUACCAUCGAUUGCCCCGCCACCUGGGCCUGACCCGCAUUACCCUUCACAAGAAGGUCUUCCCGGAGCGGGGCAUCAACUACGUCAUGGUGUGCGAGUGCGCCACCCUCUUGGACUACGUCACCGAAGCGUGCGUCUUCGUCGACCACUUGCGAGCCAGGUGCUGCGGUCACACCGCCCUCUAUCGAAUAGUGGACGUCUUCUAACGUCUAGUGAUACACACAAAUCUCGGGUACAUUUGUACGGGCGAGCGCCGUCCCACCUUUGUACAGAGCGGUAUUUUUUUCGUUUUUGUUUUGUUUUUUGCUACAGGACGGCGCCGGCCCCUUGUAGAUACUUCCUUUGUCCGAAUAAUAAAGAAAAUCGUUCCGUA